AUGGAGAAGAUGGAGAACGUCUCCUCACACCAGACCUUCAUCCUAAAUGGUUUCGAUGACCUCGGAGCGCUGAGGCCCAUCCUCUUCAUCCCAUACUCCUCCAUGUUUGUCCUCUCAUUUGUCGCUAACGUUCUGCUGAUCUACGUUAUAAUUUCACAGAAGAACCUCCACUCGCCGAUGUACAUCCUGAUCGCCUGCAUCGCUGUCGUAGACCUGGGCCUCCCGCUCUGCUUCGUUCCCCAGUUGUUGUUGAGUUUCCUGUUGGACUGGAGGGGAAUCUCGGUGACCGGUUGCCUCCUGCAGAUGUUCUUCGUCCACUUAGUUUCAGCUUUCCAUUCCACGGUCCUGGUGUGGAUGUCUCUGGACCGAUACUUCGCCAUCUGUACGCCGCUCCACUACCACAAACACAUGGCUCUACUGAGAUUUAUGAAGUUUGCGAUCCCGUUUUUCAUCAGAAACGUCUUUUUGGUCACGCUGGUCGUGAUUCUGGCGGGAAAGUUGUGGUUCUGCGGUGGAAACGUGAUAAACCACUGUUUCUGUGAACACAUGGCGGUGGUGGAACUGGCCUGUGGAUCCACCGCCGUCAACAGCCUUCUGGGGUUGGUCUCGGUGUUCCUCAUCCCUGUGGUGGACAUCUUCUUCAUCGUUGUCUCCUACAUGAUCGUGUUCGUUACCGUGCUGAGGUCGGGCAGGUCAGGGGUCAAAGCUCUGCACACCUGUGUUACUCACAUGCUGGUCAUGGUCGUCACCUUGGCCGUCGCACUCAUCGCUUUACUGUCGUAUCGGAUCAACAAUAACCUUCCAUCAGCCAUUCAAGUUUUUUUCAGCACCAUGUAUAUGCUGUUUCCGAGCUGUUUCAACCCGAUCAUCUACGGCAUCAGAACCACGGAGAUACGACUGAACAUCCUGAAGACGCUGAGCUGCUGCUGA